AAUUAAAUGAAUACGUGUGGAUAAACAUUGGUUAAGACAUUUAUGUUGAUUUAUUUGAGGCGCAAUUAUAGUAAAACAUUUCAAAUUAUUUUUCGCUUGAUAGAUCCGUCGAAAUUCAAAACUUCAAUGACACGUUACGUCAUGGCUUCUGUCAUGUGUCAGGUGUUGUUUUUUUAACCGUAUAUUAAUUACAUUUCAAACGAUACAAACACAUAAUGGCGAAGAUUUUAGCGUUAGUGAGACUGAUUAUGUGAUAUCGUCAAUUCAUAGUUAGUGUCUUCCUACUUACGAAGAAUUUGUGAUCGAUAGAUAUGGAAUUUGCGGAACUCAUAGCAACACCAAAAUUGGAUGGGGUUAUUCUACACAGUCCAUUCCACGAACCCAUUGAUGGGACUUUGUGUGUGACAGGUCACCACUUGAUUCUUUCAUCGCGAAAAGAAGAUGUUCAAGAGUUAUGGCUUCUACACCAAUGUAUUGAUUCAGUUGAGAAAAAACAAAACAGUAACAAUUCCAAUCAAAACGGGGGCUCCAUCAUCCUCAAAUGUAAAGAUUUCAGAAUCCUCCAAUUGGAUAUUUCAAACACUGAAGAACUGUUGAAUGUUUACGCUUCAAUUGAUAGAUUAUCAAACUUAGAUAGGCCUGAAUCUCUCUAUCCGUUUUUUUAUCGCCCCAUGUACAACAUCCUAGAAGACGGUCACACUUUAUUUAAAUUGGAAAUCGAAUACGCGAAAUUGUUAGCAAGUGAAGAAUGGAGAAUUUCACAUAUCAAUAAAAAUUACACUGUGUGUCCCACAUACAGUGCCAGUGUAAUUGUACCAAAAUCAAUUGAUGAUGAUGUUAUUGUGGCCUCAGCGAGUUUCCGAGAUGGGGGGCGGUUUCCAUUGUUGAGUUAUCGUCAUGAUAACGGGGCGAUUUUGCUAAGAAGUAGUCAACCGUUGUUGACUAACAAUAACAGGAGGAGUAGAGCUGAUGAAAAAAUUUUAAAUGUGAUUUUGGGAAGCGGGAAAAAAGGAUACAUUAUUGACACGAGGAGUACGAAUUAUGUCAGUCAUUGUAAAGGAAAAGGGGGCGGUACUGAACCUGAUGCACAUUACACACAAUGGAAAAGAGUACACAAACCGCUGGAUAAAAUUGCCAAAUGUGAUGGAACUCUCUUAGAUAGUUUAGCCAAACUUCUAGACGCGUGUAAUGAUACGAAUUGCUCAUUUGACAAAUGGAUGUCUCGCCUUGAGAGCAGCAAUUGGUUGAGUUAUGUGCAGAACUCGCUCAACGCUGCUUGUCUUGUGGCUCAAUGUCUUGACCAAGAUGGGGCUUCGGUUCUAGUCCAUGGCACAAGUGGCCUUGAUUCAACCCUGCUGGUGACAUCCGUAGCUCAAGUGAUUUUAAAUCCCGACUGUCGUACAGUUAGAGGACUUCAAGCUCUGGUUGAGCGCGAGUGGUUACAAGCCGGCCACCCCUUCCAUUUGAGACACACCAAAAGCUGUUAUUCUAAUAGUAGAACGAAAAGCCAGCAACCAACAUUCCUUUUAUUUAUCGAUUGUAUUCAACAGUUGUAUUAUCAGUUUCCUUCCAGUUUUGAGUUUACAACCCAGAUGUUGGUUUUAUUGUUUGAACAUUCAUACUUUAGCCAAUUUGGUACUUUUCUUGGUAAUAAUGAAGCAGAAAGACAGGCUAUGAAGAUAUCGAAGAAAACCACAAGUUUGUGGUCGUAUUUGAAUAGGCCUGAUGUUUUAACAUCAUUACUGAAUCCAAUGUAUGAACCGAAUAAAACAGCAAUUUGGCCUAGUGUGGCCCCAGUCAGUAUAGUUUUGUGGUCGGGUUUGUACCUCAGAUGGGUCAUAAAUCAAAGUGAUUACAAGAAAAGUUUAACAAAAAUACAAAACCUCAUCGAUUAUGAUAAAAAUUUAAAGAGUAAAGCACUGAAAUUAAGGAAGGAAUUAAUGGAUCUCCAGAAAGAGUACGAAAAGUUGAAAGUUGACUUGGGAGAGAAUAAUAACCCCGAUUCUGAUAGCGGAUAGUUGUUGAUAGACUAUGGAUUGCUAAACUGUCUAGUCACUAUUAAGUUAUAUUUUAUAUAAAACGGAAACAGUUAUUAGAAAUUGAAAUUGAAGAAACUUUUCCAUGACGUGAUUCCAGUUUUUUAAGAAUUAUCAAGAUAAAUCAAUAUUUUUUUAAUAUUGUGUUCACAUUUAAUUUCUACAAUGUACAAAUAAAUAUUUAUGCACUUAAAUGUAUUUAGUUAUUUUUAAUCUUAUAUUUCCUUCGCUUUUUCUUGCCUCACAAUUUAAUCAUUUGUGAAAUAUAAGGUUGAAAUCGCAUUCAAUUUAGAAUGAAUCAAAUAUUGUACCAUUAUAUUUUUUAUAUUUAUUUCGAACGAAAAUAUGUACGGAAGGUAACAUCAAAUAAAUAAUGAGUAAUUACCCAACGA